AUGUGCAGUCGUGAAGCAGAUUCCUCUACAAUCGAAGGUUACAGGUGCAGAACUUGCGUCUAUGCCAACUUCCACAAGGAAUGCGCCGAGUCUCCGAUGGAGAUGAAACACCCUUACCACCCUCCUCACCCUCUCUCUCUCCGCCUCCUCGCUCUUCAUGAAGCUUCGGAGAUAUGCAGUUGUUGUCGGGAAGAACUCGGACGAGGAUUUGUAUAUCAGUGUCCUAUCUGCAAAUUCUUCAUUCAUCUUCUUUGCGCUAAGAAGCCGCCGGUUCUUGAGGUGGAUAAGCCCAAGAGUCACGACCACAAGCUCGUCCUCCUCCCUAAGCCACGUCCCUUCACCUGUGAUGCUUGUGGUUUACUGCUUGAUUCUCCCUCAUUUCCUUGGGCUUGUCUCGAAUGCGGGGUCAUGAUCCAUAGAGGAUGCAUCGACUUACCACGCGUGAUCAGGAUCUGCCGUCACCAUCAUCGUCUACGUUACAAUUCCUCUCCCUCUCGAGCUCAUGAAUCAUCAUGGUCCUGUGGAGUUUGUCGCAAGGUCGUUGACAACAACUAUGGUGCGUAUUCUUGUAGUAGAGGUUGCGAUUACGUGGUCCACUCAAAGUGCGCAACAAGAGAAGAUGUGUGGGACGGAAAAGAUCUUGAGGGAGUUCCGGAGGAGCCCGAAGACGCCGAGCCUCCAUUCGAGGUUAUAGACGAGAAAACGAUACAUCAUUUUAGUCACGGACAUCAUCUUAAACUGAACGAGGAGGAUGACGAAAGAUUUGAUAGAGGAAAGCACUGUCGAGCAUGCGCUCUUCCUAUCUGUAUUCACUUGGGUAAUACCUACUGCUGCAGAGAAUGUGAUUGCGAUUUCAUUAUCCACGAAACAUGUGCAAAUCUGCCGAGAAAGAUGUGGUAUAUGCUACAUGCCCAUCGACUUGAGCUUCACACCACUAAAUUAGAGAACAGUUCGUGUGAUGUUUGUGGUCGAUUGAGUUCUGGUUUCAUAUACAAAUGCUCCGAAGAGGUUUGCCGUUUCGAAAUAGACGUGAACUGCGCUUCAGUCUCCGAACCCUUUAACCAUAUAACCCAUCCCCACCCUCUAUUCUCCACGUCGAUCUCGAAGCAUUACCAGACAUGUUCAGGUUGCAAAGAACCAGGAAGUUACUACCGCAAGACCAUGCAGUGCAUCGAAUGCGAGUUCGUCUUGUGUUUCAGGUGCAUAACGUUACCAUCCAAGAUGAAGUACAAGCAAGACAGGCAUCCACUGGUUCUUGAAAGCGGUGGAGGAGAAGAGACCGGAGGCGAAAGCUGGUGGUGUGAGAUCUGCGAGAGGAGAAUGGAUAAAGAGGUGAUGUAUUAUACAUGUGACGGUUGCUGUGUGACUGUUCAUGUUGAUUGCGUGGUCGGAGAGGACGUACACAUGAUGCCCGGUCUUUAUUCCGACGAAUGGGUGAAGGGGGAGUUCGAAGCUGCGGCCAACGUCGGUUGUUGCCGACCGUUUUGCCAUCGAUGUGAGAUGCGAUGUCCGUUCCCCAUCGUCUUCAAGAAAAACGAUCUUCAUUUGUGUACUCUCCGUUGUUUACGCGGCUUCAGGUCAUAA